AUAAUCAAUACACAUGCAUGCUCGAAAUUCCCAAAUCCAACUGCAUCAUUUAUUGCUUAUCGAAAAAUAUACGAUUUUCGGAUUCGUUCUCUCUUUACUCCCGAAGAGAUAGUAGGGUCCACGCUUCACUGUUCCAAAAUUAUUAACCUCUAUUUCUCAAUCUCCUUUUACUUCCUAAUUCCAUUCACAACCAAAUUUCAAUUAAACAAAAAGCCCUAAUUUUCUUUCGACCUUGCUCCUUCCAAUCGUAGAUCUUCAUCCUCCACAGGUUUUAGGGUUUCCUGCAUCUUUCAACUAUGAUCUUCAACACCAACCAAUUUUAGGGUUUCCUGCACCUCUCAACCAUGCACCUUCCAACCGUGCAUAAAUUGGGGAGAGGCCAUCGGGAUAAACUCCAGCAGUUCAUAACAAUAACCGGAGCUAGUGAGAAAGUAGCACUACAGGCUCUGAAAGCUAGUGAUUGGCAUCUUGAAGGGGCAUUUGAUUUUUUUUACAGCCAGCCUCAGCUUAGAAACUUAACUGAUUCUAGACACUUGGAGGAGCUAUUCAAUAGAUAUAAAGAUAAAUAUGUUGAUAUGAUUUAUGCAGACGGCAUCACUCUCCUUUGCAACGAUAUCCAGGUGGAUCCUCAAGAUAUAGUAAUGUUAGUUCUUUCAUGGCACAUGAAGGCUGGCACUAUGUGUGAAUUUUCCAAGAAGGAGUUCAUUGAAGGCUUACAGUCUUUGGGGAUUGAUUCGCUGGAGAAAUUCCGUGAAAAGAUACCAUAUAUGCGCUCUGAGCUGAAAGAUGAACAAAAAUUUCGUGAGAUUUAUAACUUUGCUUUUGGCUGGGCAAAAGAGAAGGGUCAAAAAUCUCUGGCUUUGGAUACAGCUAUUGGAAUGUGGCAAUUAUUAUUCGCCGAAAAGCAGUGGCCAUUGGUUGAUCAUUGGUGCCAAUUCCUGCAGGCUCGGCAUAACAAAGCUAUAUCUAAGGAUACAUGGUCUCAACUUUUAGAAUUUGCAAAGACUGUUAGCUCAAAUUUAACUGAUUACGAUGCUGAAGGUGCUUGGCCGUAUCUUAUCGAUGAAUUUGUUGACUAUCUGAACGAAAAUGGCGUUACCCAACAUGGUCAAUGAUUCUAGUCUAAAACGAUGAUGCAUUCGGUGAAAUGUCAUUUAAGAAAAUUUGGUCUCUGGUCUUCUUUGAUGAGUUAUGCUAUUCUAUGAUGCAAAACGAAGGGGACAUGGCUGCUAGAGAAAACUCAUUCAUGCUGACAAGUAGUAGCAUAAUUUUCUUGUGAAAUUGUUUAUAUGCAUGCUACAUGAAUUUCCUUGGGAUGUAUUGUGGAAUUAGUAAUGGGAGACUACUGAUACCAUGUGUUAUAGUUUGAUGUCCCUUUCAUUUGAACAAUUUAUUCUUGUACAAUGUCUGGUUAGAUUAAAUAUUUUGUUAAUUGUCUGGGGUAAAUUGCUAGCAUAUGUAGUAUGUUUUACUUGAUGUGUUUUUUUUAAACCAUA